AUGUCCUCCUCCUCGUGUGCUGGUCCAUCUAAAUUGAAUGAACAAUGGGAUGAUAGCGAUUCUGAUGAUGAUUGGGAGGCUGCCGAUGCCGGUCUAGAUGAUAUCGAACUGAAUAAUAAUAAGGAGGCUGCAGCUGAGAAGGCUUUAGCAGCCACCACCGCACCACAGGUUGCUACCACCGUCAAGAAGUCAGCCAGCAAGCAGCAAAAACAGGGCGAUAAGGGUAGUGGUACAAAGGUUACUUCCACAACUAAGGAGUUUGAUGCUGAUGAUAUGCCUCUCGAUGAUCCUAUAGCUGAGAAGGCUCGUCAACAGCGAAUGGCUAUCAAUUCAGCUGAUAAGGAAGUCACCUUCGCGGACAGGGACAUCAAUUUAGCGAUGAAGAUAGAGAAGGCCGAUAUGGAGAAUAUUUGUGAUAUGUUUGGUGUAUCUACCCCCAAUGAUGCUAGUAGUGGUUGUGAAGAUCAACAACAACACGUGAAGAUACGUGAGACUACUACUGUUGUGGAGAAGGAUUCAUUCGAGGAAUUACAGUUGAAGACGUUGAAGGACGUUGAACAGCUUAGUGAACGAUGUGUUGGCAAAUUAAAUGAUUGCCGUACUAAAGCAGCAGUAUUCAACUUUAUGCGAGAUACCCUUAGAGGGAUUGAAGAGAAGUUGGACCAGGAUGAGUGUACCAAGCUUAUUAAGGAGUUACAAGCAUUGGUUACAUCAAAGAAGCAAGAGAAGGCUGAGAAGGAUAGGAACCGUAAGAAACAGGCUACUGAUGUAUCACAAAUGAAGAAGGGUGCCAAGGUUGAUUAUCAAGCCGAGAUAGAUAUGAUGUACGGGGAUGAUGGUUAUGGUGAAUAUGAUGAUGAGUAUGAUGACUAUGCCGACUUCCUCUGA